UAGUAGGAAUGCCUCGGGACUUGUCGCGGUCACCAUCGCGGUCGCCUACUUACAGGCGAAGGCGUUCACCAUCACCUCUAGGGCAUGGAUAUAGCAAGAGAAGUCGAAGGGACAGAAGUCGGUCACCAUAUCCUCAUAGCAGGUCAUCCCGUUUAUAUUAUUUUUGUUAGAUAGUUCAUGUUAGUUAAUGGUGAAGCAAUUGUAAGAAAGUAUGUGACUCACAUUUUUCUUUUGUUGAUCUGUACACAUCGCAAGCUUCUGUAGACAUAAGAAGUUGUUUCUCCAUCUUCGCUUGUCAGAAACCCUUAAUAACUUGGGUCAGAGUUUAAUCGGGGCAGCUUUUAACUGUAUGAACUCUCAGAUGUUAGUUUACUUGUAUAAAAAUUCAUGUGGAUAUACCACUUCAAGUGCAUGGUUAUAUGUAGAAUUUUGUGGAUUUUCAAUUUAUUGUAGUUAAAUAGAUGAACUGUUUCGCGAAUGUUGUAGCUCAAAAUUCAUUUCCAAAUCCUAAAAUACCAUUCUGAAUUCUCUUGGAGGAGUUUGCAGAAAAUGGUUCCGAGUUAGAUUUUUACACUCCAAAUAAUCAGUAUUCUGGUUUCUCGGUGUAACAUGUUCAAGUGCAUGGGUAUACAUAGUUUGAUAAUUUCCUUUCUUAUGCCGAUGGAGUCUCUUGUUAGUUUUCAUCGGCACUUCAUUGAUUAUAAACUUACAUUGUAUGAACAUCAUGUUGGUGUUCAAUUUCUUAGAUCAAUUAAGAAGAUUGAUGAUUUAGUAGCACAGAAUAAUAAACAAUUAUCUUUCUUUUGAUGGGCACCUGACUAUUUGGAACUUACUGUUUUUAUGGAGCACGGAAAGAUACGAAAUAAGAUUAUUUGGAGUGGCAAAUAGAGUGCUUUGAGAGCAUAUAGGAUGUAUGGUCUUUAUAAGGAAGCAAAGAAACUCAAUUUCUUCCCAUCGUAAGGGAAUGGGAAGUGAGCAGGUGAUGGGUGACAUGUGUGUCCUUUCGUUGCUUGAUUCUGACAUUUGCUUCUUCAUGUGAUGAAAGAUGGAGCACAAGUUAUUCUUAACAAUAUUAAUAUAUGAGGCGGAGAAGUCGUUCUCCUCCUCCAAGGCGUAGAAAAAGUCGCUCACCAACCCCUAGGCGACACAAGAGGCAAAGAAGUAGGAGUUCCUCGUUGACUCCUACUCAUAAUAAAUCUUCUAGUUCAAGUCUUGGGUCAACAGAAAGAAAAAAUGCAAUUGAAAAACAGAAAAAAGAAGAAGAAGAGAAGAAAAGGUGUCAACAAGAAGCAGAAUUGAAGCUGCUAGAAGAAGAAACAUCAAUGAGAGUCGAAGAAGCCAUCCAAAAGAAUGUGGAAGAGAGUUUGAACACUAAGGAGAUUCAGCAGGAAAUACAGAAGCGUUCAGAGGCAGGACGAAAAAGACUUCUUGAUGAAGUUGAUGCCCAACUUGAGAAAGAAAAGGAAGCUGCUCUUAUGGAGGCUAGACAGAAGGAGGAGCAAAUUCGAAAAGAGAGAGAAGAGCUGGAAAAGAUGCUUAAGGAGAACCGAAGGCGGGUGGAAGAAUCUCAGAAAAAGGAAGCUUUGGAGCAGCAGCAGAGAGAGGGGGAAAGGUAUCGGGAACUAGAAGAACUCCAAAGACAAAAAGAAGAGACCAUGAGAAGGAAAAAGCAGCAUGGAGAGGAAGAAGGUUUAAACCAGAUGAAACUUUCCGGCAAGAAUAAAUCCCAGCCGAAGUUGUCAUUCGCCUUUGGCUCAAAGUGAUUAUCAUAUAAUUAUCAGUUGACUUCUAAGUUUUGCUUGGUGUAGUUGGAGUGGGUGGCGUUAGGCUUGAGAAAAAAAAAAACAAGUUUGAGCAGUUUGGGGAAAUUAAACUGUAUUUCUCGUGGAUGUGAACAAGUUUAAGCAAUGUUCAAAGAACAACUUUUUUUCGUCCAUUACUUUGUUUAAUUUUCCUUGUGAAGAUCU